UAAAGCUGAAAUCUGUUGUACAUCCAGAGAUAUUUCUGAUUUUGUAACAGAAAAUGGCUAAAUGCCCCUAUGGUCUUAACAGAUAUACAGUUAUAAUUUUGCCGAGAAUACGUUAAAUCAUUAGACUAUAAUUGUGCUAUACUUACAUUUUUUUUAAUGAAUUAUAAUGUGUGAUUGUGGUUGGAUUGUGAUGAAGGACUGGGACUUUUACUGAGUAAAAUUCCUCUUCCAGGUGGCCUUUGUGUAUUAUCUCCUAUCGGCUGAUGCUUCAUAGGACACUUGCCUUAUUUCUAGGCUAUUUUCUCAGGAUAUCUGUCUCGGCGGUAAACUGUUCCUUUUUUACCUUUUAACCAUUUAUAGACGUGUUCGUUGUUAUUCUUUAUUUAACAGAUAUUUGGAUAUUUGUUUUGCGUGGGGAAAAACGAGAGAAAACCCGAAGUAGGCUAAUUAUUUUUCGUAACGUUACCUAAUGGAUUAGCUCGUGUCCCUCUCUGUGAGAGAACUGGACUCUUCCACCUGCCUCUGUACAAAACACUGACAGGCUGGGCGGAGAAGGAGAAGUGGGGUUUAUUCACUGUUUCUGCUGGAUUAUUUUUGCUUUUCGCCUUUUCUGAUACAUAUCGAAUCAGAGGGAGUCGUUCUUGGCUUUUGGAAACCCCUAACUUAACCUGAGUCAUGUCCUUUCGGAGGGGCGUGGUGAGGCAGAGUAAGUUCCGGCACGUAUUCGCUCAGGCGUGGAAGGCAGAGCAUUGCCUUGAUGAUGUCAGAGUAACACGCGUGACAUGGGAGGGGCCACUCUGCGCAGCCAAUCCCAAGUUCAUUGCCGUUAUCGUUGAGGCUGGUGGGGGUGGAGCCUUUCUUGUAUUACCACUCGCCAAGAGUGGUAGGGUGGACCAGUCCACUCCAUCUGUGUGUGGUCAUGCGGCUCCUGUGCUGGACAUUCAGUGGUGUCCACAUGAUGAUAAUAUUAUAGCUAGUGCCUCAGAAGACUGUACAGUAAAGAUAUGGCAGAUUCCUGAUGGCGGCCUCACAGCACCGAUGACUGAGGCUGUAGUAACUUUAGAAGGCCACAGUAAAAGGGUGGGAAUUGUAGCCUGGCACCCUACUGCUCUGAACAUCCUGCUGACCGCAGGUUGUGAUAACCUCCUGUGUGUGUGGGAUGUUGGCACGGGGGAGCUGGUGUACCAGCUGGGUGAUGCCCACCCAGACCUGAUCUACAGUGUGAGCUGGAACAGAGAGGGUAGUGUGAUCUGCACCACCUGCAAAGACAAAGCUCUGCGUGUCAUUGACCCUCGACGUGGAACUGUCCUUAAGGUACGAGAAAAGGCCCAUGAGGGCACCAGGCCAAUGAGGGCUGUCUUUCUGGCAGAUGGGAAGAUCCUGACUACUGGCUUUAGUCGCAUGAGUGAAAGACAGCUGGCCCUCUGGGAUGCGAGAGAUCUCUCUGAGCCAAUGGCUGUUCAGGAAAUGGACACCAGCAAUGGAGUUCUACUUCCUUUCUACGACCCAGACACGAACAUGGUCUACUUAUGUGGAAAGGGGGACUGCACCAUUCGCUAUUUUGAGGUAACUGACGAAUCGCCCUACGUCCACUUCCUCAGUCUCCACAGCAGUAAGGAGCCUCAGAGAGGGGCUGGCUUUCUCAGCAAGAGAGGAGUGGAUGUAAACAAGUGUGAGAUUGCCCGAUUCUAUAAGCUGCAUGAGAGGAAGGUUGAACCGAUCUCUAUGACUGUGCCAAGAAAGUCAGACCUGUUCCAGGGGGAUUUGUAUCCAGACACAGCAGGAUUAGAGCCCUCCCUUCUGGCUGAAGACUGGAUAGCAGGGCAGGACGCUCCUCCGCUCUUAGUCUCUCUGAGUGGUGGCUACACCGCUCCACCCUCUAAAUGCAGCACGCUGCGCGGUAGACCCAAACUCCUACCUCAGACCGACUCAACUACUGCCUCUACUGCUGCCUCUGCUACUGCUGGAACCGCUAACACUGUGACCAGAGAGCCAGAGAGUGAAGCUGUGGAGCAGCCGCAGGCCGGAAGGGAGACUGAAGGAGGGAUGGAGAGAUCGAGGAAAGAGGACGACCAGCUCUCUGACAUCCUGACUGAAAUCCGCGCCCUGCGAGCCCUGGUGUUAGCUCAGGGUCACAGGAUCGAUGUGCUGGAGAGACAGGUCGCCCGGAUUGAGGAUGGAGAUGUAUGAGAUGCGUGGCUGCGCAGAUACACACUGAAAGACCCAUAGCCUUACCCUAAUAGCUUUACAUCGCAGUGAAAGAUCAUGGGAAGUGCGGUCCAGUUGCUAAGGCAUAAUGUACAAAAAUAAUAAUAACAAUAAUAAUAAAGAUAAAAAAGAAAAGGUUUGAGCAUGGAACUUCUGCGCCCUGUUUAGAUAUGAGGUGUGGGUGAAAAUUAAUGGGCUGACAGUAUGGGAAGUGGUAUAUAAGAAAAGAGAACUGUGUGUGUUGAUAAAAGAAAAUGAAACCUCAUGGCUCGUACUGUGCAUUUCAUAGAGCUUUUACAUCAGGUACUGAUUACUGCUGCUAAUUAAAAACACACAAUCAAAUUUAGCAAAGCUUUUUGCUUUAGUCAGUGUUUUGGUGGGAUUAGCAUUUGGGCGUGUAGCUACCCAAUGCAAAUUGGAUGAAAGUUCGAAGCCUUUGAGGGGAAGAACAUAAACAAAUCCUACAUGCUGUACUCUUUAUAGUAGCCUAUCUGUUUACUGUUAACUAGAACGUAUGGUAAAUAUGCACAUUUUGACAAAAAAUCAUGCUGCAUACGAUGGCAUGGGCGCCAACUUAGAUUAAAUAUUAGGGGAUGGGGAAGGGCAUGAUUGCUCUGCACUGUUAUUGUCUAUUGUAAUAUUAUGAACAGAUCAUACAGAGAGAAAGUAGUGAAGGUGACAGAAGUAGCUGCAUGCGUAUAUGAAAAUCUUACACACUGUGCAAGGUGCAUUGAGAUGCUUAUUGCUGUCUUAAACCCCACGAAAAGUCUAAUUUCAUGCCCUCUGCUGACGACGCCUACGAAUAUGACUACGCUUAUAGGUGUGGUGGUCUGGAACUAAGGUGUGCUCAGGUAAAUUUCUGGCAUAUUUGCUAUCUCGGCAACAGAAAACAUACUGCUGCGCCACUGACUGAUUAAAACCCUGACAACAAGUUCUUCCCCAUCUUGGCAACGCAGGUACACCCCAGCUCAUAAAUGACCUGCUCACACACCUUCACAGCGUAAACACGAAGGUCAGUUUCCUCUGCUGAGAAGCACAAAAGUGCUGCACUAUUAAGAUGUCAAUACACCAAAUGGCAAGUAAAACCCAUGUUUAAUGAAAAAAAUUAGUACAUGCCUUUUGCUUGUUUCAAGCUGUGCAAAGCUUAUUUUUUGCAUUUUCCGACCAACCCAACCCCCACACACCAACACGCCCUAUAUCAACCGUUUAAUUUUCUCAGACUAAAGUUGGAUGCGGUUUUAAAGCUAAAAAUCUAGUCUCAGCCCAUCAUACACUACACGACUUUCACUUCAACUGUCAGCUCCGACUGCACUAGGGUCUACAGACUAGAGCCAAUUAACCCAGAAUCUCUACAACUGUAAAUCUGGCUAAAAGUUGUGUACUGUAACUCCAGCUUUAGAUACAGCAUCCAACAAAUCCUCCAUUAGCACUUAUUACCCAUGAACAUUUGUACUCACUUGUGAGGUUUAAGACUGGAGCUUUUUUAGAACUGUCACAUCAUGACCAUAUGCUAGCUUUUAGCACUAUCAGCAAACUUACCAGUCUUUCUCUUGGUCUUUAGGUUGCCAGAUAUGCAACACGAAAAAAAAACUGGUGUAAAAAAGAGUCAAUACUAUCUUAAAUUACAGAUACAGUACAAAAUACCUUAGUAAUCCAGUGAAAUGAUAUCCCUAGCUAUCCCUAUUUGACCUGAAAUUGUCAAUCUGGCAACCGGCAAGUUAAAUGCACACACAUUAUAAACUGCACAGUGUUUCCAGUUGCUGUAGUGACAGUGCAGCUUAUAUAUUUUGAAACAGCAGUUUCACAGUUAUGGCAUAUCCUCGUGUUUGGUACUAGGAUUGCACUUGCACUGUGGCCCUCUUCCUUAGUUUUGGUGGGAGAGUGUGACCCAAUGCCCACCCCCCUUUUCCUAAGUUGGCGCUCAUGUACAUUGGUAAUCACUGUUCAUAAUUCUUCUCUUCCACUACUACAGCUAACCGAAUGGUAGGUCUUAAUGAGUGUAGCUCUUUCUGAUGUGUUGUGUGGCUAAUAAAAGCCUUCUUUUAUACCAAUAGCAAGUCUGUGUAGUUUUGUGGACUGUCAGUAUGAAUGCUGAAAAGAAAUGUAGAGCAUUUAGCAUGAAUGAAUAGUGCUUCAUUCUUGAUGGAUAACAGUAGAGCUGUGAUAGUUCUUUUCUUUUUUCUUUCUUUUCUUUUCUGUUCUUUUUUACUUGUUUCAUGUUCACAUACUGUAAUUUAUGUACACUACAAUCAGGGAUGUUGGUUUACCCAUCCUCAUUUGUUGAUUACUUUUUGUUAAUCAUGUUUUUCACCUACCUUUAUUUCCUGUAUGUGCUGUAAAGUAUCGUAAGUACACGUGUAUUCUUGCAAUUCUGUUCGUGGUGACUAGAUUUUAAAUAAAAGCCAGAAAUGUACUAA